AGGGCAAAAAUGGCUUCCUUGUAACCGUUGCUCGUUGUGCCCGUUCCCAUUUCCGACGCGUUUUUAAUCGUUUCCCCGCCCACAGUAGCCACUGAGGAAAUCUCGCUCUCGCUUACUGAUUGACAAUUAAUACAUAGUAUAAUGUCACUGGCUUCAGUCCCUGCUUUGAUUACCGCUAUGCCAUGCUCAGGUGAAUGUCUGUGGAUUCACCUACUCGGUGCGCCACCAAGUCUUUUCCCUCAAUGGCAUCUCUUGGCCUGAAGCUUUUCGGCUGCCAUCCUCCUCGCCCUUGUAUGCCCAGUAUUCACUCAAUCGCAGUUCAGCAUAUUGAGCAUAGUCAAAGUCAAUCUUGGAAAUGACAGCUUGGAUUUGGGACCAGAUGCCCCAGUAGAAUCCUGGCACUCCUCGAUACGCAUCGACCUCGGUCAUGAGUUUCCGAACCUCCUCCUCUUCAUCGACCUCCUCGCCGGUUAAAGAAAACCGAGUAGUCGCAGUCAUACCCUGCCCACUCUGCAAAGUGGUUCGCCACGUCAAAAGCCGCAGGCGAUGGUGUAGCAUACUCGUAAUCGAUGAAGUCGACGGUAGGGGCCGCCUCAUCGUCUUCGUGGAUGAUAACGUUGGCACACAGCAGGUCGCAGUGCGCAAAUACAAGCUGCACACAUAGGUUAAUAUUUUCCAUCGGGUAACUGUGUGCUUAUGAACGUACCCCGUUCUUGCCCAAGCCAGGCCGCUGGCUCAGUUUUUGGACCAUCUCUUUCAACUCUGCCUGCAGCAGUGCCUGCCUCUGCCGCUGAGCGUCCGUAUCAGUGGGCAAGGCGAAGAUCCAUUUUUGCAUGGUUGUCCACAUAUUAGGCGGAGCUUUUCCAGGGGCAGUAUUAUCAAUCUGUUCUUGGCGAGACUUGUUGUUUUCGUUCACAAUACCGUUGGUAUUCCCGUUGGUCAGGCUAUCACCAUUGGUGCCGGUGUUACCGUUGGCAAGUCCAUUGAGUUUGGCCUCGCCAUUUACAUGCCUAUCGUCCCGACUAUGAUUGGGGUCCGGCAAGCAAGGUACAGUUGCGUGCCAGUGUGCAAGACGACGAGCGAUGGCAGAUAGUAUUAGAGGUUCACGAAGAUCCUGGGCACGUGCAGGUUUACCCAGGAUAUAACGGUACAUCAUGCCAUUCUUGAAACGGGCAAGCAACUGAGUAGCAAGACCAUAUCUCAUGAGCAGCUCAUGGUUCUCAGCCUCACGUUCACGGUCAAUGAGAACGGCAGUUCCAUGACCGUAGGCUCGGAGUAGGAUAGCAUCCCGAUCAACAUCAAGCUUGGACAUGCCAGGGCGGUGGUUGACGGCCUUUAGCAGAGUAUUGGUGAUGCCAUCAGUGAAACGCACAAAUUCAACGUUUGAGUCUUGGCUCGCCCAGUCUGGCAUGAGUGUCAGGAUGAGUGUUCGAGCCGAGUCUUGUGAUUCAUUGUUGUCGUAGGCCAAGUCCAAGAAGGGCACAUGGCCAAAAUCGAGGUUGGUUGGUGAUGUUGUCAUGGUCACGCGAGUGCAGCGAUGAGUGAAAAAUAAGGAGGUGAGGGUACGCGCUGAGGGGGAGGACGGUAAGAGAGGGGAGACGGAAGAGUGAGAUGGCGGGGUCCAAAUAAUCAGCGGGCCAGAAAAAUUAGGAGAGGUAGGUCAAGAUGUGGGUGGGAGAGUUGCCGGAGUUGUUUGCGAACAAGCGAGUCCGAAUAUCAAGGCUGAAAAGAUCAGGUUGAGGGUUGAAGAAAAAAAUUCCCAAGCAGCCAGAUAGAUCUGUUUUAGGGGUUCAGGGGCGUAAAUCCGGGGACGGUCCAGGAUAAAGCGGCGCCGGCGACGGUGGUAGUAGACAGGUCGUACCGUAAGACAGUGGAGAAAGGGGUACCGGAGGCUCAAGGAGGGGGACGGCCGGGAAGCGGAGGGGUCGGCGAGGACGGAGUACGAGAUGGUGGUGAUGACGGAGGGAAAAGCAGCAGGAGACGGUGGUGAUGCAAGCAGAGGGCGGUAUAGAUAAUAAAAUAGGAGGGAAAGCACACGACCUGUUACCUUUCCAGUCGAACGGAAGCCGGCAAAGGUUAGGUACCUCGUGUAGAAAUAGUAAUAAAGCUAAGGCAGACGGGACAGAGCGGUGUUGGUGCUGGCUGCUGCUUUUGUGGGCGUGGGCCAGUCAGAGAGACGGCCUAGACCUUAUGAAAAGGAAGGGAGUGCCGUUUUCCGCUGCAGCCUGGGACUUUUUAGAUACGAGGGAAGGAUUGUCGCGUGUCACUCGUAAGGUGGAUGUGGAUGUGAAUGUGAAGCCUAGAUGCAUGGAUGCAAUUCAAUGGAAGGAAUAUGGGGAUUCAGUGUGAAUUCAUAAAUGGUAUGAAUAGUGCGUGAUAAUGUGGGAACUAGGCAUUAGAUGCUUUGGCUGAAGCAAGCUGCAAGAAAAUACG